AUGUCGGCCGCCGCCGGGCUCCUCGCGUUGGCGGAAGAGGCCGAGCGCCGGUGCGACUUCUCCACCGCCACGUUGUGCCUGGAGUCGGCGCUCAGCCCGCCGCACGCCGCCUCGCUCCUCCCGCUCGCCGAGGCCCGCGCGCGGCUGCGCCUCGCCGGCCUGCUGCUCGCCCGCUCCAAGGGACUCGCCAGCGCCAAGGCCCAUCUCGAGCGCGCCUUGCUCGUCCUCAACCCGCUCCCCUCCGCGCCGCCGCGGCUCAAGCUGCUGGCGCACUCCCUCCUCGCCAACGUCUACGGCCUCCUCGGCUCCGUCCCGUCGCAGAAGCACGUCCUCCGCCGCGGGCUCGGCCUCCUCGCCUCCGCCUCCGCGUCUGGCCUCCUCCCCGCCGGCCCGUCCCUCCUGUGGACCAGUAACUUCCAGGCGCAGCUCGCCUCCGCGUUCGCCGCCGAAGGUGACGCCGCGUCUGCCCUCUCCACGCUGUCCGAGGGAGCCGCCGCAGCUACCCAGCUCGAGAGCCCCCAGCUUGACCUCUUCUUUGCUGCUACCACUCUCCACGUCCACUUACUCUGCUGGGAGGACAGCACCGCCGUUGCGGCCGCCGUCGCACGCGUCUCCGACCUCUGGGAAGCGCUCACGGACGAGAAGAAGGAGCACUGGGUUGGACUCUUCUUCUACACGGAGCUGCUGCAGACCUUCUACCUGCUCAGGGUCUGCGACUACAAGGCUGCCUCAAAGCAUGUGGAGAGGCUGGACACGGCUGUUAAGACCGAGAUGCAGAGGGGCCAGUGUAUUAAAGAGCUUGGUACUGAGCUUAGUGCGGUGGAGAGAUCGCUAGCACAGCCUGUGUUGAAGGAGAGGGAGAGGGCGGAGCUGGUGCAUAAGCAGAGGCAGUUGAAAGAUCAGCUGCGAGCCUUGUGCGGCUAUGACGCAUUGAAUGAUGUGUUGGAUUAUGGGGAUAAGUUGCUGUUGGCGCCACCGCCGAUGCAUGGGGAAUGGCUCCCACGGACUGCCGUGUUUGUGCUGGUGGAUCUCAUGGUCGUAAUGAUCAGUCGCCCAAAAGGCUUAUUUAGGGAAUGUGGAAAGAGAAUACAGUCAGGACUGCAGAUCAUCCAUGAGGAACUAUCGAAGCUUGGGAUCGUGGAUGGCAUGACAGACUUUGCUAUAUCAAAACUGCUUUUCCUGCUUACUGAAAAGAUAUGGAAGGCCUUUGCAUAG